CAAAGAAUUUUUGAAAGCUUUACUUCACUGGUCGCUUAUGUUCAUCUGCACUUCAAACAUGCCGUUUACUUCCUCAUUCCGGAAGAGUAUUUUGCCCGCUCUCCCAAACUUACUCUCUCUACCAGAGGCAUCUGUGGAAAAAGAUGAAAGUCUCAUCCUGUGCAUUCGAGAGGUACGAGCGUGUAGCCGAAAUGCACCCCGUGGGCCGUUUCUUCCCCAUCUGUCCAGUGCCUGCCUGCAUUAUUUAUUCUGCACACAACCACCUUCUUCCGAGUUUGAGUCCGCGAUUGUCUGCUAAGACUCAGCCGCUUAACUGCCCGUCCCUUUUGGCGGCCGCUUUAGCACGUGCGACGGCAGAUGAAGUCCUUCAGAGUGACCUUUCUGCACACCACUUGCCCAAGCACACGGACAGCCCGGAUGGCAUCCUGCAGGUAGAGACAGAGAAUUUGGCCCGAGUAGUGUUCAGCAAGCUCCACGAUAUCUGCAGCAGCUGGGUGAAGGACUUUCCUCUCCAGCCAAAGCCCCACCGUUACUAUGAAACGUCCAUCCACGCCAUUAAGAACAUGCGCCGCAAGAUGGAGGACAAGCACGUCUGCAUUCCGGACUUUAACACGCUCUUCAACCUAGAGGAUCAAGAGGAGCAGGCCUAUUUUGCAGUAUUUGAUGGCCAUGGAGGAGUGGAUGCGGCCAUCUACGCGUCCGUCCACCUCCACGUGAACCUGGUGCACCAAGAGAUGUUCCAGCACGACCCCGCAGAGGCGCUGUGCAAAGCCUUCCGGGUGACGGACGAGCGCUUUGUGCAGAAGGCCGCCAGAGAGAGCCUGCGGUGUGGGACCACCGGCGUUGUGACAUUCAUCCGAGGGAGCGUCUUGUAUGUGGCGUGGCUGGGGGACUCCCAGGUGAUGCUGGUGAGAAGGGGCCAAGCCGUGGAACUGAUGAAGCCGCAUAAACCCGAUCGAGAGGAUGAGAAGAAACGCAUCGAGGCGCUGGGCGGCUGCGUGGUCUGGUUUGGGGCCUGGAGAGUCAACGGGAGCUUGUCCGUCUCCAGAGCCAUUGGUGACGCAGAGCACAAGCCAUACAUCUGUGGAGAUGCAGAUUCCGCCUCGACCGUGCUGGACGGAUCGGAAGACUACCUCAUCUUAGCCUGCGAUGGCUUCUACGACACGGUGAACCCCGACGAAGCCGUGAAGGUGGUGGCCGACCACCUGAAGGAGAACAACGGCGACAGCAGCAUGGUGGCCCACAAGCUGGUGGCGUCGGCCCGCGACGCCGGCUCCAGCGACAACAUCACGGUCAUCGUGGUGUUCCUCAAAGACAUGAGCACGGCGGCGAGUGCCAGCGAAGAGUCCGAGUGGACGGAGAACUCCUUCCAAGGGGGGCAAGAGGACAGCGGCGACGACAAGGAAAACCACGGGGACUGCAAGAGGCCAUGGCCGCAACACCAGGUCUCGGCCCCUGCCGAUCUAGGCUACGAUGGGCGAGUGGAUUCUUUCACAGACAGAACUACCUUGAGCACAGGGUCCGAAAUCAAGGUCUUGGAAGAGCCUGGCGGCCUGGAUGCCAGGGAAACGGAAGCAAGCAAACUCCAGAGUGCCAAGCGCCUGUCCCCGGAUCAGGGGUUCAGUGCCGGUGUACCAAAGAGAGCGACCUUGGAUCGUGGCGCCCCAGCUGAGAACAAGGCCGUGGCCGGCCCCGUGCCCCACACGCAGGACCCCCCAGCCCUUCUCGGUGGCGGCACUGCACCCGCGCAGGAGGGCACCAUGGUGAGCAACCCCCCCGUCUCUCCCGACCUCGAAGGCGAGUGGUUCAAGUCCUGGGGAAGAAGAGCGUCCGUCUUCUCUCACUUUCAUUUCGGUGAUGCAAAGCGGUGGCAGCGGCUAGCCAGACUCAAGCCAAAGCUCCACCUGCUCCUCUUUGAGCAGAGGCCGUUUUCCCACGCCGAAGGAUUAGUUCUGCCUUCUCCCAGCAGUGUGAACGGCCGUAGAAGCAAGCUAGUGAGAAGCCGCCUCUGGCAGGGGUCCUCUAGUUGCCAGCCGGGCCAGGGGGAGCGCAUCCUGCUGAUGCUGAGGCAAAGUCACUGUAUAGCAGACCCCUGGCUGCUCUGGAGCUGUAAGAAUUAACCUGCUCCUGCGCCCUGCUCCGAAUAGCUAGGUUAGACAUUCACAGAGCAAGGAGUAAAUCAGAGCAAGCCCCGCAGAGCCACGUGAAGGUGGAAUACUCUCCGUGUAAAUAGAUCCUAGGAAUAAAAGUGUUUAAUCUAAAAAAAAAUAAGGGCUGGCACAGCUCGCCAGUCUCCAAGCAGUUUCACCGACACAUUCGUUCUCUCACACCCCGUCCCUCGCUUCAUUUGUUCGUUGGAACUGGAUACUGCCUACUGACUCACUGGACUAGAUAGAAAAGUGCUAUAUUUAAAGAGAGAUUGCAAAAAAAAAAAAAAAAAAAAAAAAUGCAAAACCAGCAAAUUUGAGGUAUACCUGAAUAUACCUGCAGUAUUUUCAGAGCGAUCCCGUUUUAAAAGAUGUCAGGUUUUGUAAGUGGGGUGCGAAGGGAACAGGAAGUCAUACUUAGUCCAGGUUGUGGGGGGAGGGGUGGCUUUAAGGUUAACAGGGCAAAAAAAAAUAUGGACGUAGGGUGCUUUGCAGGAAUAUUAUUUAAAAGCCAUACAGAGGUUUAAUCCGGCACUUGAGCACUCCCCGCCUCAGCUAUUUAUCCAGUAAAACUCAGAUCAAGGUAUAACUCGACCUUUAACUAUGCUUUGCCCUCUGCAACGUAGGCAAGAAUGAGGGAAUCAUAAUGUUUUGCAGUUUUUAAAGAUUAUUUCCUGUGACUCAAGUUAAAACUAUUAGAAGAAGGGGGCUUUUUGGGGGGUUGGGUGCUUAGUGACAUUUUAGUCUUUUAAACUGGAAAAGUAAUACUGUCAGAGCUGUCUGCAUUUAAUAAUAGCUGUGGAUCAUUCUUUUCGCCACUGUCUCCUCCCCAGUCCCUUUUAUCUCAGGUGUCAAACUGAUAUCAAGCUAGUGCAGAUGCAAAAAACGCUGCCCUGUGAACUGAUGGCGCCAGCCAGUUGCUGCGAGACCUUUUUUGCAUCAGUUCCGCUUCCCCAGUUAACAGAGUCUAACGUUCUUUGGCACAAUCAAGUGCUGGAGCGGCUUUUGGGCCCAGCUACUUUGCAUGGUCAUCUCAAGAGACUUUAAGGAUGUGAAGCGAAGCUGCUAGGGGACCCCCAGAGUGACUGGGCAUGUAAGUCGAUGGGAACGCGUGGAGGGGGCAGAGCCUGCGUUAGGAGAACCGCAGAAGGAACUGACAGUCCGGGAAUCUGGACGGUCAAUUGCCGGGGAUGAUGGGCUCAUUUGAGGAUGGCCUCCCCGUUUCUGUCCUUCAUCUGACCAAGUGAGACAGAACCUUUAAAAACGAGGCUGUUUUAGCAUUAAAGAACUACCUGGAGCACACAGGAAUCAGGCACUAUGUUAGGACAGGGCCUCUCGCUCGCUUCCUUGCUCACAUUCGCUCGGAUGGUCCGAAACGAAAGGCAUUCAGUUCACCCAGGGCUGAACACAGCUCAGCAUCUUGAGAUUUGCUCGCCACCGAACAGGUUCACUCACGGAUGCGCUCCGGCACGAGUGCAAGCCUGUACCAAUUUACCUAAGAAGUGGAAGGACGGCCAAUUAGGAAAUUCCUCUGGACUGUUAGUUUGUUUGUUUUAUUAAGCAACUUGAUUCCGUAAAGUGACUGGAUGGAAUAUGAAUAAAAAGCAAAUAAAGCAGGCUGAAGGUCUCAGGGUUACUUAUGCUGGGGGAGGGAGGAACGAACAGGAAAGGACCUCCGAGCUUUUACCACUUCUGUCAUCUGUAAGCCUUAAGUGCAUUGUGUUACAAAAUUGAGCGUGGUCGCGGAAAUGAGGACGGACGCAAGAGCGGCACGUGACGUCGGGCCGUCCCCACUGCUGGCUGGAAACGCGUCACAGCAGGAGAGGUGGCGCGUGCAGCCCCUUCCUGGGGAGAGCGGCGUGCUUCCACCGAGCGAGCAAGUGCGAUUCUUCGAAGGCGCGUCAACCUUUGAAAACGUGGCAGAUGCUUGACCCCUUCCCCCAAACACAGACAAAAUUGGAAAGUCAUAGCCUCAGCGUAUGCUCUCCCAUGUUUAAAGAAGCAAAACUCUGUACGUGUGGAUUCAUAAACGGAUUACCUACUGCUUGUCCUGUGUAUCCUUCCAAGAGGGAAUCUGUCAUCCACUCCUAGUGUGGUCCGGUACAAACCUUUGUUCCAGGUAAAUGGCAAGUGUUCAUUUCUUAUCACAUCGUGGUAGUGCGUAGGAUCCAUUCGUGGGGCGAAUUUCCCAUCCAUGGCAGAGUACCUAUUUAAAAGUAACUGUUCUUGGUCCAGUCUGCUGCUCGAUUCCACACACUAGGCAAAAAAGCGCUUUGUGACCUGCCGUGUUUUGUCUCUUAAUGCCACUGGUGAUAGGAAGUAGUUCUCUUCGGUUUGAACGCCUGUGCCCUUACUUGCUGCUUGCUGAUGUAAGCAAUAAAAGCUCCCCUUUCGGUUAAUGGUAUCUUCAUGUUCUGUAUCCUGUACUUUGAUCCUCUAGCUGGUAAGAAUGUACAAAAUAUAUAGCUAAAUAACUGUAUUUAUGAACUUACUGUUGGUUGUCUGUAAAGUGUUUUGUGAACCUGUGCAUUUUAAUAGUGGUGACGUUUGCCUAACAAGCCCUUUCUCCAAAAGAGCUGAAGUACCCCCAGUUCACACAAUCCGCAUCAGCUACGUGAGUCGUGUAGGAACACCGAAGUCGUGCGGGUGGGUGAUGGCAAGAGACUACGGGCUGCCUCCGCUGGAGGCUGCUCGAGGAAGGCUUGUGAGCGCAUUCACUGUGAGUUUCACGGGGAUUCCGUGAAUCCCUCUCCAACUGUCUCCUGCCUCCCGCCUUGAUGCUGAAUCGUGAGGAACAUCUCCUACCGCAGGAAGUGGAAUGGCCGAGCAGGAAGCCAUGCAUCCAUUUCAGCUGCAUUAACAGUUGUACAAAAAGGUAAAAUAUCUAUACGCUGAAGUGCCAUUAGUCAUCCUUGUCACUUAGAAGACAAUGACACCCCCCCCCUCCAUGGGGCUUAACCCCCUUUCCCACCCAUGAAAUGGAGCUUAUGCCUUCGCUCCCCUAAACGAGACCGGGAGGGGGAGGCAGAGGGGCGAGGGGGGAAGAGCGUGCCCCUCCCCUUAUUUUGGGGGCGCCUGCUCCCUCCCGCCGCUGCGAGCAGGUUGCAGCAGCCAGCACCUGGGUGCCCACCCCCACCACGUGCAGCUGCUGCUCGUUCGUACUCCCGCGUGUAGACCCUUUCACGGAGUUUAAGGUAACAGCACUACCUGCCUACCCCGGGCUCUUUGUAUAUACCGCUGUCCGAUAUACAAAGGCACAGUGCUUUUCCCCCCACCCCCAGAACCUCCUCUUAUUAAGCCAGAAAAAAAAAAAACUAUGCAGAGUACGUUUAUUGUUACAAGUUGGAGCUUUGGUUCAAGCAACCUUUUCCCUGCCCAGAAUUUUGGUACAGCCCUGUAGAGUCUGAACACCUGGCUCCAACAAGCACUAGCUCAUUCAUCUGCAGAAAAAGAGGAACAGAGAGAAGAACCUAUGGCGAUGGCCUGCCUAUACGUUAAGGGCCGUGUGCCUCUUCCCUAUAGCGUGGAUGGUUAACAGGACACGGUUACAUUUCGCACAGAUACGUUGUGCGUACUGUGUCAGGGAAUAAGUACAAGUGACAGACUAACCCUCUAAGUCAUUCUCACAUUACACUAAAAAUCAAUCUCCUAGAGCAGCCAGUAUUAAAACAGAAGUGUUGUGCACGUUAUCACACAAGAUAUGGGUUAACAACGUAAAUGAAGUUAUUGUACUUACCCUCGGCUGUUGCAUUUUUCCUUCCAGAAGCAGAAGCUAGAGAGGGAAAACCAGCUGAGUUUCAUCCUGACUAUUAAAAUGACACAUAACCAAGAAUGCCAAGUGUAUGAUCGAGCUCUCGUUGAAAGAUACUUUGCUGUCAGGAAACUAAUGAAGUGGGUCAGUUUAAUAGCAAUGACUUUACUACUGUGUUGGGACCUGUUAGUAACUUCGUUCCUAUAGCUCACAAGUUUAGUAGGAAUCAUGUAUUAGCCAUAUUUUAUUUAUUAAAGCUGUUCACAAAAGGUAAGGACUAUGUUCAACUUCUACCAAUAUCUUAAUAAAACAGCAAACAUUAA